AUAGAGCCAAACUUGUUCUUUACAUUUUACUCAUUAAUCAAAUAGUGUUUUCCAAUGACAAUUGGCAUUGCUCAAAUUUUACUUUUCAUUUACAAUUGUUCUUGAUUUGGUUGUAUGGUUGUCCAAAAGAGUAUAGGGUGCACUCCCAAAAGUUUGUAUUUAGUCCUGAAAUCAGCAUGGUACAAUCAGCAAACCAUUACAGCAUUUAUUGCUCUGUCAUUUUUAAUUUUUGGAAUGUAAGGAUGAAAUUGAAAAUUGAACAUAAACACAUUAUGGACAUGGCAACUUUGGAGAGUUUGAUGAUAACUUUGCAUGUUUCAUGCUUAGUCUUAUGUCUUUCACACUGCUGGUCCCAAGCCCAGAGAAAGGAGGGGGGUUAUGAUACGUAAAGAGCCAGUGUAGACAUCACCACAUAUUAACAUGAAUUCAGACCUGGUCAGGAUUUUAAUGUAGUAUGCAACUCUAGAUGGGAUGAACGACAAAAAGGGAUUCAUGUUGCCAACUUGCCACCCAACUAGUUGGUUCAACACUUUCUUCAGUUUGACUUGAGGCCUGUUAGAUGAUAUCAGCUGUAUUACAAAACUUACUGUACAGGGAGCAAAUAUUCUGGCGAAGCCCGUACUUCUUUCUACCAAACUCCGUGUCUAUCCGAUCGUCCUGCGAACACAACGGCGGUGAGCUACUCGGCGGUGUGUGGCCGGAAAACCUCUCCGAUGGUCAAGUUAGCACACACUUAGGGAUAGAGAGAGAGAGGAGAGAGUUCAGUGUUUAGUAUAUCUCACCAAAUGAUCAUCUGCCUCAGCAUGGGGGGCGCAGACACGCUUAUAUACCUUCUGCGUCCCAAAUCUACUCCUAUUAGUCUUUCGACACGCGGUGCUGCUAUCCCAUCUGUCAGCACAAAUCCAGCAAUCACCACCUAACAAACUGUUAGGAUAUCUUGGUGGAGCCCGGCAGACUGGCGGAACCACCCCGGCUUCUUAUGACCGCGCUGCACGGCGUACCUGAGUGAUCCACUCGCCGAGCCCCAGAACGACCGAGCUUGGUUGCAUUCCGGCAAGCCGAGCUCGAGGUAGGUCGAACCGGUUAGCUGUAGGCCUUCCUGCCGAGCUGAAUGCACGAACCGUGGAAUCCGGAAUGGCAGGCAGUCAUCUCGGCCGAGCAUCUUCAAGUAGCCCGGUUUCUACACAAUGAGCCCAAGUAGCUCGGCCCAACAUGGCCCUAUGCCUUAACCAAGCAAAACCUCUUUGGACAAGCCCAAGAUACCGCGGCCCAAACGUGUUCGGCACUCAACUUGCCCGGCCUUUGCCAUGGCCCAUUUCAGCUCAUAAAAUCUCCCUCUCAAUUGCCCCUUAAUUCCGUCCGCACAAACGUGACUGGGAUUACAUGAUCCAACCGGGAUAGACUCUUCCUCGGUCCUCAGUUUGCAAGUAGUUAACCGUGCUAGUUGACAUGCCUGGUUUCCAAACUUGCCAGGUCGACGCCUCAUAUCGCCUCCCUGUCUCUUCAACUCUGACGCCGCCAUUAAUUGGGACACGCGUCGCUCGUUUAUUGGCCUCGAGCAGCCAACCCUCAUGUCCCUUCACAUUCAAAAAUUUUGGCGGUCUCUCUCUCUCCCAUAUAUACGUCAUUUCUCCCUUCAUUUCGUUCUUACUGACUCUUCUUCAGUUCUUGACAUUCUAGAGCUCCAGAGCCUUCGAAGAGCCUCCUUCUUGCAUCUUGCUGCGUUCGUGCUUGAAGACUCACCUCCAGCCCCAUUCUGGUAAGUUCUUCGACCCCUUUAUUGCUAUUUCAUUUGAUAUUCUUCGUUUUAGGGCACAAAAACCAUAGAUUUUAGGGUAUAGCUCUCCAAAACCCUCCCAUGCCCCUUGUCCUCCUUGCUGUUCUUUAGCCCCAGUAAUGAACACCUGAAGAUCUGGGGCGGACCGGGCUCCAGGUCUUUUCUUGAUCCCAAAAAACAUUAAGACCGAGCAAAUUGAUAGUUUUAAGAAAACUUCUGUAGAAACCGAGGUAGGCAGAGUACUUGACCGGUCGACCGGGCUAAUAUCUGGUCCGCUUGACCGGUCGAGCUCUGAAUUUACCUUCAUGACCGAGGUGGUCUGGCACUCCAUCAGGCCGAGCUAAAGUCAAGCUCGUUUUGCGCGACCGCGCUUUUACUUACACUUACCCUAAUUUUCCUGCAGAGUCCAAGGGGACCACACUAACUCCGAGGCUCUCUAAGAUCGAGCAGCCAUCAAACAAGAGUUUGUGCUAAACCACCUCAGCCGAGCUAAAACCAACUGGCCACACAUAGGGCGCUUUCGCUUCCUGGUUGACACCCCGGUUGCUCUAGCCGUGUUCCGGGAAGAAUACGGUAUCCCGGACGAUGUUCAUUUAGAGCUCGGCGUUGAGGACACAACCCCAUGGGGCAGAUUAGACCAGUGUCCCUUCACCGUGCUGUCCAUUAUAGAAGGGGACCUUCGCUUCCCGGUUAACCCGCUGAUCUGCGAAUUCUUGCGGCGCACCGGGCUAGCUCUAACCCAGGUCUCAACCAACACUUACAGAAUAAUCAACGGGAUCCACGAACUGAACAACCGGCUAGGAACCAACCUAGGACUAGCCGAGAUAUUGUGCCAGUAUACUCUCGGGCAUACAGGCGAUGGCCUUGCCUAUUAUUUAAAAAUCAGAUUGGGCAAGGAGAAGAUAGUAACCGGCACCCCAGACAAGGACUUGUACGACGAUGACUUUUUCUGGGUGUCUGGUAACUACGAAAUAGCCGACGUACCGGGCUGGUUUAUCAGCAAAAAUUUCGGCGAGACAUAUAAGCCGCGCUAACUGUUCGGUUAAUUAUCUUUCUUCACUAUUCUGUACUUAGCAUUUUUUCUUCUUUCCUUUGCAGUAAUCGAAGCUUUGCAAGCCAACUAUCACUACCCCAACGAAGCAGCCAUCAGGACCGUGCUUCGUUACAGAAAUCGAGAUUGCCAUGAGCUCCUCGGUUACGUGCCGACAUACCGAUAUUCAGCCCCAUGCCGGAGUAAGGUAACAGACUUUCUCCGCGCUCCGUCACCUCCUCUAGACCCCGCAUUGCCAGACGCGCCCUUCAUCCGGUUAACUGAGGCAGAAGAGAUGGCAAAGAGAAGCCGCAUCAAGAAUCUCAUCACUGCGACUUCCACCGAGCUACAGAGCAUCCCAACCCGCACAGCCGUUGCCGGGCAAUCAAGUGGGACCGUGGUCGCACUGGCGUCUCCCGCCGCCAGGCAAGCAAGCAAAGACAACCGCCGGGCUGGAAAAAGGCCACGUGUAGACCCUUCUGCCGAGCUGGUCGCGGAGCUAAAUACCGGGCAACCUGCCGUCACGAUUGACCCAACACCGACAUGGAGGUAGCAACUCAAGCACCGGGGCAAGGAGAUCCCGGCAACCGCCUCAGUCAAAGGUGACAAGAAGCACCUACUGGCCUUCGAUCUGACCAAGGCCUUGCUGCUGCCGAGCGACGUGGUCGGCAGCGACCACGUGCCGGACACCCGGCUGGUGAAGUCUUCGGUGAAGUCCAUGACCAGGGCUAUCCAGAAACAACACUUGGUCUUGGAACGCAUUCACCGACUCCGGCAGAAGGCCACCGACUCUGCCAACCAGGUGGAACAACUUCAUGCCGAGCUCGGCCGGUCCAAAGCAUCACUGCAGAUGGCGAACUCUGAUAAUUCUAGGUUGCUCGGCCAGCUUGGAACCGCCGAGAAAGAAAGGGACGCGCUCCGGGCCGAGCUGGAGACUUUGAAAGAAUCAAAUAAGAAGGAGCUGGAGGACGCCAACAACGCUGGUUUCAAGGAAGCCGAGGAGAGCUACUCCAAGCAAGUCCAUGCCAUCCAAGAUAUCUUCUUCAAGGCGGGAUGGAAGGCUGCUUGUGAACAGCUCGGCCAAGGACCUGGGACCGACGUGUUCGCCUCUCCCCCAGUUGCCUUCCUGCCGACGUACCUUGUGCCAUGUGCCAACGACGUCUUCAGCGCGUUGCAGGCUGAGGCCGAGGAAGAAGAGGCAAAGGACGCCGAGGAAAAUGCCGAGGGUGGCAACCGUGCAAAGCAGCCCAGCCAGGAGCAGACCGGUGUCCAGGAGAUCACAACCACGGUCGACCUGGAAGCGACCGCAACCGAGGAUGAAUUCACAAAUCUUUUCCCCUUAGUCUAGUUUUCUUUGUCUUCUUUUUGUUUGAACAUGUAACCGGGCUAUCUGCCCCUCUUGUAAUUAUUUUGCACAUCAAUGAAAUAGUUCAAUUUUCAUCAAGUGUGUGCACGGUCUUCAAGCUAAAUAACUUCAGCCGGACAAAAUACUUCGGCAAAAAAGACCAUUUGUUUAACUUAUUUAACCGGAAAAGACAUCUCGGUUUGAAUCAUAAAGUUGAGUAAAUCAUCGACUCAGUCAACCGGAAUAAAACAUCUCGGUUGAAAACCUCAA